AUGACCGACCAGACUUACCACACUACCCGCCAGGACCUGCGCAAGCCCGAGUCUCGUGUUGCUCAUCAGCACGGCGGUACCAACCCUUCAGACUCUGAAGUGUCUGCCAUGAAGUCUAUUGUCGACAAGAACAGCGUUGACAAGAACCAAAAAGUUGAAGAAGUCAAGUCCAACCUGCCUCUUCCCGACCAACCCCCAGUCGCUAGUGAUUGGAACUCCUCCGACCAACGCACUGUCAACGUCGGCUCUGGUGGAAUCUCGGGAUCCGUUUCUGGCGAAGGAGAUAGCGCCCUGCGCGAGCCCGCCACUGCCGAGAGCAGCGUCCGUGUUGACGGCAGUGACUUGCACAAGAACACUGAGCCCGCGAGCAAGGUUGGUCGUCAGGGUAAGGAGGGUCUCGACGGCCUUCCUUCCGAUGCUCUCGCCCGCUAA